AUGGACAACUGCCGGCUGGAGGAUCCUGCUCAAGUCCAACAUCAACAGGCAGCCAAAGAGAAAUGCUCUAGUUCGAAAUCGUGCGUGACUCAUUCCCUCUGCACUGGAAAUGAUGAGGAUAAGACGUGUUCGUGCUUCGGAGGGUUUGUGGCUGAUGAUGCCACUGGCCUGUGCAAAAUACCAUCAGGAGGAAAAUGCUCGAGUUUGGCUUUGUGUGUGACUCAUUCCAUCUGCAGCGAAAACGAUGGGGAAAACAAGUGCUCAUGCUUCGACGACUUCGUGGCGGACGAUGCCACUGGCUUGUGCAGAAAAAUCCUACUUUUGAUAUAUGUGUCCCCUGAUGCUCUUCCUUUCACCCCUUUUCGCCCUCGCCAUGGGGCAUGUACCAGCCCCUUCACCUUGGCUCGGAGAACUACUUUCUCCGCCCAGACUUGCCCUUCAAAGGUGGAGAUCUCCGGAUAUUCGGGGCAUUCGUGGAGCAUUCGCUCAGUACCUCUUGACGGUGCCGUCCACGCCCGCGGAUUGAACAUUUCGCAACGGGGCCAUUCACGCCUGCCGACCCUCCACUUCUCGGCAGAGCGGCUCGAGUCUCCCCUCACUUCCAAACAACAGCGCACCAAUCAUUUCCCCAAAUCCUGGUGA